UCAACGACACAAAUCAACAAGAACAGCAAGGUACUAUUUACCGUCUCUCUCUCUCCCGCGCUUGUUCAGCCAUGAUUACUGUAAUCUCGAAGCUUUCUCCACUUGCUCCGUUCGUCUCCAUCGUUAAUUCUUCUUCCUUACCUUCCAAAGAUGCGAGUAAAGAGCCAAGAGCAAAAAUCAAGCUAAGAGGUGACUGGAGGGAAAAGUCGAAACCCAUACCACCAGGAGGCACCUAUCCAGCCAAAGAUCAUUGCAGUCGAUGCGGGUUAUGUGAUACAUACUACAUCGCCCAUGUGAAGGAAGCGUGUGCAUUUUUAGGAGAAGGGAUGUCAAGAAUUGAAAGCUUGGAACCUGUUGUGCAUGGUCGAGGACGAAAAGCAGAUUCCUUUGAUGAUACAUAUUUUGGGGUCCAUCAGGAAUUGCUAUAUGCACGUAAGGUCCAGCCUGUUGAAGGAGCACAGUGGACAGGGAUAGUAACAACAAUAGCCAUUGAGAUGUUGAAAUCGAACAUGGUAGAGGCUGUUAUUUGUGUACAGAGUGAUCCUGAGGACAGAUUGUCUCCAAGACCAGUAUUAGCCAGGACGCCGGAGGAAGUCUUAGCUGCUAGAGGUGUCAAACCAACUCUCUCUCCUAAUCUGAAUACUCUUGCUCUAGUAGAGGCUGCUGGAGUGAAACGUCUUCUUUUCUGCGGUGUGGGUUGCCAAGUCCAAGCGCUAAGAUCAGUGGAGCACCAUCUGAAUCUCGAAAAGCUGUAUGUACUAGGCACCAAUUGCGUGGACAAUGGAACACGAGAAGGACUGGAUAAAUUUCUAAAAGCAGCUAGUAAGGAGCCAGAGACUGUCCUACAUUAUGAAUUUAUGCAAGAUUACAAGGUCCAGCUGAAGCACUUGGACGGUCACAUUGAAGAGGUUCCUUAUUUCUGUCUGCCAGCCAACGAUUUAGUCGAUGUCAUAGCUCCAUCAUGUUAUAGCUGCUUUGACUACACAAAUGCUUUAGCAGAUUUGGUUGUCGGCUAUAUGGGUGUUCCAAAGUAUACUGGAUUAAAUAUGACACAGCAUCCACAAUACAUCACAGUGAGAAAUGAACGCGGGAAAGAAAUGCUCAGCUUAGUAGAAAAUCUUUUGGAGAUCACUCCAUCAAUUAGCAGUGGAGAUCGGCGGCCAUUUGUGAUGGAGACUGUCAAGGCAGACGAUAACGCUAAGUUGGGUCGAGGUCCUUCUCAGCCGGCGCCGAUGUUUGUUGGAAACAUUAUUGCUUUCAUCUUAAACUUGAUUGGUCCUAAAGGCCUUGAAUUUGCUCGGUAUUCGUUGGAUUACCACACCAUCAGAAACUAUUUGCAUGUGAACCGCAAAUGGGGAAAGCAAAGAGCCAGCAAGCACAUGCCUUCGUACUCCAAGAAGAUUUUGGAUAUGUACAACAAAAAUGGUCAAAUAGACCAAAUGCUUUCCCAGAAGUAGAACAAAUGUAUGUUCACUCUUAUAGCAAAUAUAUCGGUCUUAGUUCUAUUCUCGAACUGUUUGUCUUAAAUGAAAUAAGCAUUCUGAUGAAUUCGUCAUCUCCUUUUAAGUGUCUUCCUCACUCUUCCUCGGUUAUAUAUCUCCAUGAUUGCAUGGUUUUAUUAA